AUGAGGCAAAAAGCCGCAGGAGUGCAUGUGAGUUACACAACAACGGUUUUCGAUCAGGCCGUCUUUCGAGUAACAGAACAGGGAGCUGCCAAGCCUAUAAACUACGCCGAGCUCUUGACAGAAGAGGGCAACACCUCGCUGUAUGUAGGGCAUCGUCAUAGUCAGGUCAUUCUAUAUCUCAUCGAACCAAGCUGGCUUCAAGCCGCACUUGCUUCCCCGUGCCGGCAGGUGGGGGUAUCAUUCGGAGCCGACUUGCGCCAGGGCCGAUGCAAGAUGGACGAUCAGUUGACAAGCUUAGGCUGGCCGGCAUUGACAUCUUGCAUCGUGUCGGUUAUCGCAGACCCCCUUCCCUCGCACGUUGCUCACGAGUUCCUGCCCAAGAGAAGGAAUAAAGGAGCUCUUCGGCAGGAUAUUGUCAGGUUGUUUGGGAGCUCAGCAAAGAUGGCUGUGUUUAUUCCGGCAGCAGUCAGGUUGCAUUAG